AGAUAUUUUCUCACACACCACACCACACCGACCAUGAAUUCUUCUCUGUAACCACUUUUCUCCGAUCUCCGUUUAAUUUAACAGAUUCCGUCAAAUUCCGUGCACCAAAUCUCAUAUUCAACCAUGGCGGACAAGUACAACAUGAAGAAUCCAGCUGUCAAGCGGAUUCUCCAAGAGGUCAAAGAGAUGCAAUCAAACCCUUCCGAUGAUUUCAUGAGCCUUCCUCUCGAGGAAAAUAUAUUUGAAUGGCAAUUUGCAAUUAGGGGUCCUCGUGAAACUGAAUUUGAAGGUGGAAUUUAUCAUGGAAGGAUUCAAUUACCUGCUGAAUAUCCAUUCAAACCUCCUUCGUUUAUGUUGUUGACUCCUAAUGGUCGUUUUGAGACGCAAACGAAGAUUUGUUUGAGCAUAUCAAAUCAUCAUCCUGAGCAUUGGCAACCAUCAUGGAGUGUAAGGACUGCUCUAGUUGCAUUGAUUGCAUUCAUGCCCACCAACCCAAACGGUGCCUUGGGCUCAUUAGACUACAAGAAAGAAGAUAGGCGUGCCUUGGCCAUUAAAUCCCGUGAAGCAUCUCCAAAAUUUGGGACUCCUGAACGUCAAAAACUGAUUGAUGAGAUACAUGAGUAUAUGCUGAGCAUGGCAGCCGUUGUUCCUCAACCCAGCCCUCUGCAGGCUUCUGAAGAACCCAAAAAUGAGGAGGCUGAGACCCAAGUUACUCAAAAUCCUGAGGCUCCACCUGCAGGAGAGGGGAUUCCAGAUCAAGCAGGUGACGGAAUAGUUGAAGAGCAAGAAGUCAAUGUCAAUGCUAAUCCUAACCCGGCAGGAGUUGAAGCUUCAAAUGAGACUCCAUCCGGCGUCUCAACCAAUCAAUUGCCCCGAAAGUCAGAUACCAGGGUUCAAAAUCUGAAGCCAGAGACAAGGGUUCAAAAACCUGAUGACCGAUUGUUUACUCUGGCAGCUAUUGGACUUGCUAUAGCUAUCAUGGUUCUUUUGCUGAAGAAAUUCAUUAAAUCUACGGAACAUGGAGCAGUUUUCAUGAAUGGAUCUUAGGUGUUUUCAUUGUUCAUGUUAGCUCCAAUAUCAAUAUUCUUAGCCCCAUGCUGUUGUUAGGGAUGUCUUGGGCUUCUAAACUCAACCGAUAGUUUACGACUCUGCUGUUGUACUUAUGGCAUGUAAUUAUAUAUUGACCGUGGUCAAUGAUAAAUUGACGAAUUAUUCUCUAUAGAAAAGUUUAUAGAUUGCCAUGCAAAUGUCAAA